GUAUUGCGGUUGUAGCGCGUAGCGGUAGAUGGAAAUACUGUUGCAUGUAAAUGUCAACUGAUUUUUUUUUCGAAACAUUCAAAGCGGAUCAACCGAAUCUUUUGCACCGAUUUACUCAAUGAAAAUAAAAUAAAGUGGCAACAUGACCAGCACAUUACAAGCGACCAAAAAUGCGAUUACAUUGAAAGGUUCCACUGCGAUAAUAUCCGAUUAUUUAAAAUACGGCAUAAACUCGAUAUUAUUUCAACGGGGCAUCUAUCCACCGGAAGACUUUCAAUCAACCCAGCAAUAUGGUUUGACAAUUCUCGUAUCGACAGACAACAAAAUCCAAGAAUUUCUGCAAAACAUUCUCACCCAAACCGAAACGUUUCUGAACCGGAAUGAAUUGGAAAAAAUUUCCAUGGUCAUAACGGACGCGCACACCAAAGAGACGCUCGAAUGCUGGGACUUCCAGGUGCAAUGUGACGACACAAGUGAAACGAAUCAAGAGAACAUCAACAGUGCCAAAGACUUGAAGCGAAUCCAAAUGGAAAUCGGUUCGGUGAUGCGACAAAUCAGCGCAACAGUUAGCUACCUGCCGUUGCUCGACAACAUUUGCUCAUUUGACAUUUUAUUGCAAACAAAAGAGACGACUGAAGUGCCGGAUAAAUGGGACGAAACGAAUCCGGUUUGCAUUCAAAAUGCCCAGUCUGUUCAGCUGAGAUCCUUCUCCACUGGAGUGCAUACCGUCAAUACGGCUGUUAGUUACAAAUUUGUCCAUUGAUUCACACGGUCAUCUUAAUGACGGAGUUCAAUGAAUUUAUCUGUAACAUUUACUUAAUCCAUCAUUUCUAUUUGAAUACAUGAAUUUACCCAAAGAAAAA